AUGCUUGGAGAAAAUGCAACAUAUUCCAGUGCUCAUCUUCGAGAGCGGGACAAGAUCCUCGAAGAAAAGCACAGGAAGGAAAUUGCCGUUAUUGAGCGGAAAAUCGAGCGGCUCAAAUGGUCCAACAACGACACCGUGAAACAGCUAUUCGAAGCCCAGAACCGUUGCCAGCGUCUUGCGCACUCUCUUGGGUUCAAAGACAUAUAUGAGGCUCAGGUUACGAUUGAUACCGCCGACUACGACACGUCUUUCAAGGACUCUUUGGAACGCGUUCAUACGUUGGAAGUUGAGUUGCUGGCAGAGCGGAAUGAGGGCGAGAGCUUGCAGGAAAAGCUUCUUCUCGCGGAGGAGGAGAAGCGUCAGAUCCAACUCCAGCUGGAGAAGAUGAUUGCGGAUAAACAACCCAAACCAUCGUAUGCGAAGCUCAAGGCAGAGCACGCUGACCUUCAAGCGAGAUAUAACGCGUUAAAAGACGUGAAAGAACGCGCUGCAGAACGAUAUAAGGUCGACUACAAGAAAUGGCGCGACUUUAGCAAAUGGUUGUUCACAGAAGACGACAAUCACCGCAAACAUCGAAAUGAACAGGGAAUCUCGGCAACGGAGAAGAAGAAACGCGACUAUGAAAGUAUCAUGAGGAAGAAACAGAAGAUGGUGGAUUUCGCACCUGAUCUGGCGCAGUUCGCGGGCGAAGAUGAUGAAAAUCCUAAAGAUCCUGAGGCCGCGACGACGCCGACCCGUCCUCCACCCCCCAUUGGUCGCAUUGACAUCGAGGGAGAUAAGGAGAAUCAGGAAAAUCAUUCUACCCCAGUCCCUUCGCACAAAUCGCAUCGCAUAUCAUCAGCCCCACCCGUCACCAAGUCGACACCUCUUACCAAAUUAGCACCACUUUCGAAAUCAACUCCCCCCGCAUAUAACCUUCAAUCACUCAACAACAGGAUUCCCUCUGCGCCUUCAUGUUCGCCCACCAUUUUUCUCGAUCCCGCCGUCCCAACAACAAGUACCCGUUCUGUGUCAAGUACGCGAGUCCCCCUUUCUUUCAAGCCAAUACCCAACACGGAACCGCGGAAUACCAUUGUUAUCAAGAAUGAACCAAAUUCGAGUCCCACAAAUUUGAGUGACGCUCUCAAACGGCCACAUUCUCCAACUCUGUCUCCCCCAGUUCCGAAUUCAUCUGAUACUGAGGAAGAUUCCCAAGCCAUAUCAUACCCCCUCACCACUACGGCAAAACCUGUAGUUUUCAAGAUACCAGCACCGCCUCUUGUCCCUAAGGCUUUGAGGUUGAACCAAGCUGGGGGAUCUUCCGACACAGAGGACGAUUCGCAAGCUCCCGACCCAACCCCAGUUCCACUCCGUCCACGAGAAGAGUUCCCGACCUGUCCACCUGUUGCCGUCGCUGGGCCUUCUACUGCACGACAAGGUGGCUACGGAGCUAUCCAGCCACGACGGCCUGGUCAGCUUGGCGGGGAUAGCAGCAGACCCAACAAGGUGAGGAGAGUGAGUGGGAACGAGUUUGCAGGGGGGUCUAGUUCGAGUCGACCGCAGCAUGACAUAAAGGAUCAGCUUAUACCGCGCAUCUCGGAUGUGAAGGGAAAGGGAAAAGAGAGAGAGGAAGAUUUUAUUACUCCGUUGACUAGCCGAACGGUUGGACAGAAGCGUAUUGAGGAUUAUUCGGCGUUUAAAGGAAGGGGAAGGUAUGCUAGAGGGGGUGAUGCAAGCGCUGGCAAAACUAUCAACACUUUAUUCACCAUCGACCCAGCUCAGAACGGUGGAGUUGACUACCAGUACGACGAAGUUGUACGAGGGAAAGAGCAACGCCGGCACAUGAACGCAGGAGACUGUGAAUGUUGUCGAGACUACUACGAAGCCGUUGGCCCCCUCCCUAAUCGCUUACAACAACCACUAUGGCGCUCACCUUCCAGCAAGCCCUGUGCACGACAUUCUUAUGAAAACCUCUCUUCUUCCACAUCUUCAGCCCGCCGUGAUAAAGGUUCUAGUUCCUCCCACGAACGCGAGGUCGACACACACAAAAAAGCCAUCUCGCGUCAUCGACAUACGUGGGCACGCGCGAAUACGCCGCCUGGGUAUUGGAAUAUUGGGUUUCCGGAUACGCAGGAGGUGGGAGAUAUUAAUGAGAGGGCUGAGGAGAUGCAUAGGAAGAAGAGGGAAGAGGUGGAGAGGGAGGUUGGGGGUGGGGGUGGGAAGUAUCGGAGGAGGUAG